GCAGAGCUCCGAACACAAGUUGGGAGCACCUCAGCUGAGCGCGAGUUCCUUCCUCUUCCUCCUCCUCCUCCUCCUCUUCUUCUUCAGCCGGCGUCCACGCCGCGGUGUGCCAAAAUGAAGGGCGGACUGAGCCUGGCGGCCGCGGUCCUGCUGGCGCUUGCACUCUCAUCUUCUGGCCAGGAGCAAGUGGAGCCGCCGUCCCAGCUGACCUUUCACAUCGUGGACGAACGCAGCGUGCAAAUGUCCUGGCGGAGGCCGCGCUCGCGCCUGGACGGCUACAGGAUUCUAGUGACCUCAGAAGAAGGUUUCUUCCGUGAGUUUGCCUUGGCGGCGACUGAAACGUCCACCACCGUCUCGGAUCUGAGCCAAGACGUGGAUUACUCUGUCAGCGUCUUUGCCUACUCCGGAUCCGACGAGAGUAUUCCCGUUUCGGGCCAGAUUACUCUGGAGUCCGGGGCGGGAUCACAGAGAAGACCGGACCGGGACGCUGUUCAAUGUUCGCCCGGCGCGGCGGCCGACGUGGUCGUCUUGACGGCCGGCUCGUGGGCCUACGAACGGGCCGCCUGGGAGAGGGUGCGUGGCUUGAUAGCGGCGGUGGCUGGCUCCUUUCCGGUGGGCAGGGACCAAACACGGGUGGGCGUGCUGCAGUACAACGGCGGCGUGCCUGCCGGCUUCCCGCUGGACCGACACCUCAACCCUCGCGCUCUCUUGCGCGCCAUCCACUCAUUAGACGCCACCCGCGGCCACGCCAGGACAGGUGCGGCGCUGGAUUAUUUGUUGGAGCAGACAUUAUCAGAGGGGGCGGGCGGCAGGCCGUCCUUCCCUAAAGUGGCGCUGAUCCUGACGGACGCCGGCGACUGGGACGACUCUACCCGGGCGUCGGCCAGCCGUCUGCAAAGCCGAGGCGUGGAGAUCUUUGUGGCCGGUGUGGGAGGGGUCAACGAGGGCGCCGCCAGGGCGCUGGCCUCAGAGCCUUACUGGAAUCACGUGUUUGACGCGUCCGCCUCCGACGACCUGCGCGCCAUUCAGAAUGACGUGGUCAGUCAGGUGUGCGCCGGUGUGGAAGAUCAGCUGAGUUCACUCGUCAGAGCGGAACAAGCGCCGCCACCGGCGUCCGACCUGCGGGUGACGGAGGUCUCCUCCAAGAGCGUCGGGCUGAGCUGGAGCGCCUCGGCCGGCGAGGUUUCGGGCUACAAGGUGCAGAUGAUCCCUCUGACGCCCGGCGGGAAGCGCCACGAGCUUUACGUGGGCGGCGCGAGAACCUCGGUGGUCGUCCGGGACCUGGACCCCGACACCGAGUACAGGGCGGACCUCUUUGCGCUUAACGGCCUGACGCCCAGUCAGCCCGCCUCCGUCGCGCAAAGGACGCUUCCGGUGACGGUGUCCGUGGAAUGCUCCCUGGGUGUGGACGUCCAAGCCGACGUGGUCCUCCUGGUGGACGGCUCGUACAGCAUCGGCCUGGCCAACUUUGCCAAGGUGCGGGCCUUCCUGGAGGUGCUGGUCAACACCUUCGACAUCGGGCCCGACAAGGUCCGCAUCGGCCUGGUCCAGUACAGCCGCGACCCGCACACCGAGUUCCAGCUGGACGCCCACUCGGACUUGAACGGCGUGCUGAAGGCGCUGCGCUCCUUCCCGUACCGCGGCGGCUCAACUAACACGGGCAAGGCCAUGAGCUACGUGCGGGAUCGCUUCUUCCGGACGGCCCGGCCCAACGUGCCUCGCGUCACCAUCCUCAUCACCGACGGCAAGUCGUCCGACGCCUUCCAAGGGCCGGCCGCCCGGCUGAGGGAGGCCGACGUGGAGAUCUUCGCCGUGGGCGUGAAGGACGCCGUGCGCUCGGAGCUGGAGGCCAUCGCCAACCAGCCGGCCUCCACGCACGUCUACACCGUGGAGGACUUUGACGCCUUCCAGAGGAUUUCCAAGGAGCUGACGCAGUCCAUCUGCCUGAGGAUCGAGCAGGAGCUUCGCAACAUCCAGCUAAAACGUCUAGUCCAGCCCAGAGACCUGUCCUUCUCCGAGGUGACCUCCAGAAGCUUCCGAAGCUCGUGGGAGUUAGACGCCGCCGCCGAGUCCUUCCUGGUGCGCUUCAGGCCCGCAGAGGUUACCGACGCCCACUGGGUGACCGUGUCGGUCCCCGGGGACACGCCCACCGCCGUCCUGCCUCACCUCACGCCGCUCACCCGCUACCAAGUCGACGUUUCGGCCCAGUACGAGCGGGGCGACAGCCUGCCCCUGGUCGGCUUCGAGACCACCCUGGAGGAACGGGGUCCGGUUCGCGCCGCCAGAGUGUCCGAGGAGACCGCGGACAGCUUCCGCGUGUCUUGGCGGCCGGCGCCGGGAGACGUGCUGCGCUAUCGGGUCACCUUCCGACCCGUCGGCGAGGGGGGCGCCGGCUCGGAGGCCUUCACGCGCGGGAAUGAGCCCACGCUGGUCCUAAGGGGGCUCCGGCCACGGACCUCCUACCUGCUGGACAUCAGCGCCGAGUACCGCUCGGGCUACGGGCCGCCACUGCAGACGCAAGGAACUACUAAAGAAGAUGCGGGUCCUCCCCAAAACCUGAAGACCCAGGACGUGACCGAGCGCAGUUUUACGGCGCAGUGGACGGCCGCCCCGGGCAAAGUCAAGGCUUACCACCUCAAGUGGCAGUCGGCGUACUCGGACGAGUCCGGCGAGAAGUUUGUUCGCGGGGACGUCACGGACACGCUGCUGGACGGCCUCAGCCCCGAGACGCUUUACCGGCUCUCGGUGGUGGCCGUCUACGACGGCAAAGAGAGCGAGCCGCUCUCCGGAUACGAAACCACCGACGCGUCGGCCGAGGCUCAACGGCUACGCGUGAGCGAGGAGACGGACCGCACCAUGAAGGUGACGUGGGCGGCGGCGCCCGGCAAAGUCCAGCACUACCGGCUGAAAUACGUCCCCGUCGGCGGCGGCGGCAGGGAGGUGAUCCUCAAGGUCCCGGCGGGGGUGACCUCCAGCGUCCUGAAGAAGCUGCAACCUCUCACCUCCUACGACAUCAGCGUCCAUCCCGUCUACAAACGAGGGGAAGGAAAAGCAAGGCAAGGAGUAGGAACCACACUGUCGCCUUUCAAGGCCCCCAGGAACCUCCAGACCUCAGAGCCCACCAAGACCAGUUUCAGGGUGUCGUGGGAUCCGGCGCCCGGGGAGGUUCGGGGCUACAAGGUGACCUUCCACCCGGCCGACGACCAAGUGGACCUGGCCGAGCUGCUGGUGGGCCCCUUUGACAACACCGUGGUUCUGGAGGAGCUCAGGGCCGGAACCAAAUAUUCCGUGGCCGUUUUUGGGAUGUUCGACGGAGGGGAGAGUUCGCCUCUGGCCGGGGAGGAGAAGACCACGCUGUCCGACGCUCCCGAGACGCCUACGUUCGGCCCUUUCGGCACUCCGUGCAAGACCUCCGCCAAGGCCGACAUCAUACUGCUGGUGGACGGCUCCUGGAGCAUCGGACGGAUGAACUUCAAAACCAUUCGCAACUUCAUCAGCCGCAUGGUCGGCGUCUUCGAUAUCGGGCCGGAUAAGGUCCAGAUCGGUCUGGCUCAAUACAGCGGCGACCCCAAGACCGAGUGGCAUCUCAAUGCUCACCCUGACAGAGCAUCAUUGCUCAACGCCGUCGCCAACUUGCCCUACAAAGGCGGCAACACCAUGACAGGGAUGGCGCUCAACUUCAUCCUGCGCAACAACUUCAAAACCGACGUGGGAAUGCGGCAAGAGGCGCGCAAGAUCGGCAUCCUCAUCACCGACGGAAAGUCUCAGGACGAAAUCAUCACCAACUCGCAGAACCUGAGAGACAGCGGCAUCGAGCUCUACGCUAUCGGCGUGAAGAAUGCGGACGAGAACGAGUUGCGCUCCAUCGCCUCCGACCCUGACGACAUACACAUGUACAACGUCAACGACUUCAAGUUCCUGCUGGACAUCGUGGACGAUCUCACCGGCAACCUAUGCAACAGCGUCAAAGGAUCGAGCGAAGCGCCGGAGGCGCCCAGCAACUUAAUCACCUCCGAGGUGACCCACCGCUCCUUUCGGGCCACCUGGACCGCGCCUCAAACGCCUGCGGAGAAGUUCCAAAUCAUCUACAACAAAGUCGACGGAGGAGUCCCCCAGCAGAUGCUAGUGGACGGCUCCGUCACGUCGACGGUCCUGGAGGGUCUGAGCCCGCUGACGGAAUACGAGCUGGGUGUCUACUCCUUGGUCGGAGACCAGACCAGCGAGCCCCUGCAGGGCCGCGAGACCACCUUGCCGCUGCCGGCCGUCACGUCCGUGAACGUAUACGACGAGACCAUGAGCACCAUGAGGGUUCGCUGGCAGCCGGUGGACGGAGCCAGCGGCUACGUCCUACUCUACCGAUCCAUUAACGGCACCGAGCCUCAGACUGACAAAGAGGUGCGCUUACCGGCCGGCGCCGGCGACACGCAACUGACCGGGCUGCUGCCCAACACGGCGUACGCGAUCUCCGUUUUGGCGCAACACGGCGAUGCGCUCAGCGAGCCGCUGAAGACCACCGGAGUCACGCUGCCCAUGCCACCUGCCGGCGCCUUGAGAGUCAGCGGCGUGACUCACAGCAGCAUGAAGCUCCAGUGGGACGCGGCACCCGGCGCGGUGCGCAAGUACUUGGUCAACUACAAGCCUGAGGACGGCGACGCCAAAGAGGUGGAAGUCCGUGGCGACGUGACCUCCCUGGACCUGACAGGCCUGAUCUCCCAGACGGAGUACGACGUGGCCGUGACCCCCGUGUACGACGAGGGUCCCGGGAACCCCAUGCCGGGAACGGGCGUUACCGAUGUGGUUCCCGCCCCGAAGAACCUGAAGUUCUCGGAGGUGGACAUGACCUCCUUCAGAGCCACCUGGGAACACGGGGCGCCCGACGUGGCGCUCUACCGCAUCGGCUGGGCCAAAAAAGGAUCGGCCGACUACCAAUAUUCCAUCUUGAACAACGACGAGACCUCGCAUCUCCUGGAGAACUUGGACCCGGACACAGAGUACACGGUCACCGUCACCGCCAUCUACCCGGAUGAGUCGGAAAGCGAAGACUUGAUGGGAAGCCAGCGAACGUUGUUGAAGGCUGUUGCGGUGCGACCGGAGCCUCCUCGCAACCUGCGAGUUUACAACGCCACCGUCAACAGCCUGGCGGUCAAGUGGGACCCGGCCCCCGGACCCGUUCAAAGCUACAAGAUCGUCUACUCGGCGCUGCCCGGAGGCGAGCCGCUGACGACGCAAGUGGGAGGCAAAAAGAGCAGCACGGUCCUGCAGAAGUUGACGCCUGACACGCCCUACCGGGUCAGCGUGACCGCCGUUUACGCCACCGGCCCCAGCGUAGACAUUUCGGCCGACGGCAAAACAAAACCUUUGGGCGGCGUGAGGAACCUUCAGGUGCUGAACCCGACCAUGACCACUCUCAACGUGCGCUGGGAGCCGGCCGAGGGCCGCGUCAAGGAGUACAAAGUCAUCUACGCGCCUGCCGCCGGAGGGGCCGAGAGCAUGGUAGGACUGGAGCAAGUAUCCGCCGGCACCAGCAGCACCAUCCUACGGGGCCUGCAGCCCGACACCCUCUACACCGUCUCUCUGGUGCCCGUCUACGCCGAGGGCGACGGCAAGAUCAUGUCUGAAAACGGAAAGACCAGGCCCCUGGGCGGCGUGAAGAACCUGCGGGUGACCGACCCCACUAUGACCUCGCUUAACGUCAAGUGGGACCCGGCCGACGGAGCCGUGCGCUUGUACAAAGUCUUCUUUGUGCCCGUCGCCGGCGGUCGCGAAGAGAUGGAGCAAGUCCCCGCCGCCACCACCGACAUCACCCUCAGGAACCUCCUGCCCGACACCGCCUACUCCGUGUCCGUGUUGCCCGUGUAUCCGGCCAGGGAGGGAAAACGCCAAACCGAGAGCGGGAAGACCCUACCUCUGGGCGGCGUGGGCACCAUGCAGGUGACCAACCCGACUUUCACCACGCUGACGGUCACCUGGAACCCCGCCGACGGCAACGUACAGGGCUACAAAGUCAUCUACAAGCCGGAAGAUGGCGGCCUGGAGAUUGUGGAGCAAGUGUCCGAAAGUACCACCAGCACCGUCCUGGAGAAGCUCCUCCCCGACACCCGAUACACCGUCACUGUGGUGCCCGUCUACGCCGAGGGUGACGGCCCCAGUCUCACCAACAGUGGCAAGACCAAGCCGCAGGGCACCGUCAGCAACCUUCAGGUGACAGAUCCCACCACCAGCAGCCUCAACGUGCGCUGGGAGCCGGCCGAGGGCAACGUACGCGAGUACAUCGUCAUCUGGGUGCCCGCCGCCGGCGGAGAGCAGGAAGUGGACCAGGUGUCCGGAACCACCACCUCCAAGGUGCUAAAGAACCUGCAGUCGGACACAGAGUACAGCGUCACCGUGGUUCCCGUCUAUGACGAGCUAGAAGGGCUGCCACAAACGGAAAACGGGAAAACCUAUCCGGUGGGAGGAGUCAAGAACUUGCAGGUGGUGGACCCCACCAUCAGCACCUUGACGGUUCGCUGGGAUCCGGCGGUGGGCAACGUGCGCGCCUACCGGGUCACCUACUCGGCGGAACCCGACGGAGAAUUACAAACGGAAGAGGUGUCCGGCGGCACCACCAGCGUCAUCUUGCGGAACCUCAACUCGGACACGGCGUACAACGUGGCCGUGGUUCCCAUCUACCCCGACGUGGAGGGCAUCUCGCAAUCCGACAAGGGCAAGACCAAGCCUCUGAGCGGUGUGAAGAACCUGCGCGUGAGCGACCCAACCACCAACUCGCUGCGAGUGCGCUGGGACGCGGCCGAGGGCGACGUGCGCAACUACAGGAUCGUUUACGAGCCCGCCGCCGGCGGAGAACAGCUCAUGAUUCAGGAAUCGGGCAUGGUGACCAACGCCAUGCUGAGGGAACUGCAGCCGGACACGGAGUACAAGGUGACGGUGAUUCCCAUCUACCCCGACGUGGAAGGAAAGAGCAUGUCGGAGAACGGCAAGACCAAGGCGCUUGGCGGAGUCAAGAAUCUCCAAGUGACCGAUCCCACCACCAGCACCCUCAAGGUCACCUGGGAGCCGGCCGAAGGAAAUGUGCGGCAGUACCGCCUCUUCUACGUGCCCGCGGCCGGCGGCGCGGAGGACAUGGAGCAGGUAUCGGGAGGAACCACCAGCACCGUCUUGAGGAACCUCCUCUCAGACACACCCUACACUGUCACCGUGGUGCCCGUGUACCCGGAGGGAGAAGGUCUACGCCAGUCGGAGCAGGGAAAAACACUUCCGCGCACGCCCCCGCGUAACGUCCAGGUUUUCAACCCCACCCCCAACAGCCUGAACGUGCGUUGGGAGCCGGCCACGGGACAGGUACAGCAGUACCGCGUCAUCUACGCCCCGUGGAACGCACCCUCGCAGAUCCAGUCGGUGCUGGUCCCCGGCAACGUCAACAACGCCUUCCUGGACGGCCUGAUCCCGGACACGCCCUACCGGGUCAGCGUGGCCGCCACGUACCCCGACGGAGAGGGGGUGUCGCUGAAGACCGACGGCAAAACGCUGCCCCGUGCCGGACCUCGCAACCUGCGCGUGUUCGAAGCCACCACCAACUCGCUCACCGUCGGGUGGGACCACGCCGAGGGACCCGUGAGACAGUAUCGCAUCGCCUACGCGCCCAUGACCGGAGACCCCAUCACCCAAUAUGCGGUGGUCCCGGGCAACAGGAACAACGCCCGUCUUCAGAACCUUUACCCCGACACGCCCUACAACAUCACGGUGGAGGCCGUCUACGCCGAGGGCCCCGGAGGACUCCUCAACGGAAAGGGACGCACGAUCGGCCUGCUGAGCCCGAGGAACCUGCGCGUGUCUGACGAGUGGUACACCCGAUUCCGAGUGGCCUGGGACCCCGUGGCGGCGCCCGUGGAAGGAUACCGAGUCAUAUACUGGCCUCGAGGCAGCAACGAGCAAGCCGUGGACUUCUUCGUGGGCGACGUGACGUCGUACACGCUACACAACCUCAAGCCCGGAACCACCUACGACGUCCAAGUCCUGGCGCAGUACAUCAACGGCGUCAGCGCCCCUCUCGCCGGACCGGGAACCACACUGUUCCUGAACGUGAGCAACAUCGAGACGUACAACGUGGCCCACGACAAGUUCUGCAUCAAGUGGAGCGCUCACCGAGCGGCUACGUCCUACCGCAUCCGCCUGGACCCGCUGGAACCGUCGAGCAGGGGUCAGCACGAGGUGACCAUCCCCGCCGGCGUACCGCAGUACUGCUUUGACGGCCUCUCGCCCGACGCCCCCUACCGGGCCACCGUCUACGUCCAGACGCCCAACCUGGAGGGACCCGGCGUCAGCGUCAAGGAGCGAACCCUUGUCAAGCCGACUCCCGCUCCGACGCUCCCGCCCACGCCCAGCCCGCCGCCCACCAUCCCCCCUUCUUGGCCAGUUUGCAAGGGAGCCAAAGCGGACGUGGUCUUCCUCAUCGACGGCUCCUGGAGUAUCGGCGAGGAGAGCUUCACCAAAGUUGUGCAUUUCGUCUCCGACAUGAUCGCGACUUUCGACGUCAUCGGACCUACCGGGAUGCAGGUGUCGUUUGUCCAGUACAGCGACGAUGCCAAAACUGAGUUCAAACUGAACUCGUACAGCGACAAAGGCGUGGCUGUGAUGGCACCUCAUCACAUCCGCUACAGAGGCGGGAACACCAAAACAGGUAUGGCUCUGAAGCACACGUACGAGAAGGCCUUCACGGUGGAGAACGGCAUGAGGAGGAACGUCCCUAAGGUGGUGGUGGUCAUCACCGACGGACGCUCGCAGGACGAAGUCAGGAAGAACGCCGCCAGGAUGCAACACGCGGGCUACACGGUGUUUGCGGUGGGCGUGGCCGACGUGGACUUUGCCGAGCUACAGGAGAUCGGCAGCAAGCCCAGCGAGAGGCACGUCUUCGUGGUGGACGACUUUGACGCCUUCGACACCAUCAAGGAGAACCUCAUCAACUUUAUCUGCGAGACGGCCACUUCCACGUGCCCGCUCAUCUUUGUCAACGGCUUCACGUCUCCCGGGUUCCGAAUGCUGGAAGCGUUCAACCUGACAGAGAGGACGUACGGCCAGGUCAGCGGCGUCUCCAUGGAGCCGGGCUCCUUCAACAGCUUCACAGCUUACCGACUGCACGCCAACGCCUACCUCACCAUGCCCAGCACCGAGGUGCACCCCGAGGGUCUCCCGCCCGUCUACACCAUCAUCCUGAUGCUCCGCCUCCUACCCGACACGCCCGCCGACGCCUUCGACGUGUGGCAGGUGGCCACGGCCGACCACAAACCGGAGACCGGUGUCACCGUCGACCCUUCCAAACAGACCGUGUCCUUCUACAACAAGGACGAGCGCGGCGAGAUCCAGCGCGUGACCUUCGACCAGCCUCCGGUCAAGCGGCUCUUCCACGGAAGCUUCCACAAGCUGCACAUCCUGGUGUCGCCCAAUGACGUCCAACUCAACGUGGACUGCCAACACGUGGCCCAACAGAGCUUCAAAGCGGCUGGCAACACUUCCAGGGACGGCUACCAAGUUUUGGGCAAAAUGGUCAAGUCGGUCGGUUCCAGAGGAGACUCUGCCAGUUUCCAGCUCCAGAUGUUCGAUAUUGUUUGCACUCUGGCCUGGACCAGCCGGGACCGCUGCUGCGACUUGCCCGCUCUGAGAGACGAGAGCAAAUGUCCGGCGCUGCCUAAUGCCUGCAAGUGCACCACCUCGGCCACUGGACCUCCUGGACCUCAGGGACCUGUGGGCGCCCCUGGAAAAAAAGGACCACGAGGAGAAAGAGGAGAGCUGGGUUCACCUGGACCCGCCGGCCCGCGGGGCGACCUGGGAGCCCCCGGACCCAUGGGCUUGCCCGGCCCACAAGGACCCAGCGGACGCUCCGUACCGGGAGAAGCGGGUCGCCCAGGACCCAAAGGAGAACCCGGUGAUUCUGGCCUACCGGGACUCAAAGGCUCCCCGGGACCUCGCGGACCAAUGGGACCCGUCGGACCCGCCGGCGUCAGGGGACCGCAAGGGAAGGACGGCCUGACCGGACCCCGAGGUCCCGCCGGGCCCAUGGGACCCCCCGGCUCUCCCGGAGCUCCUGGUCUGGAAGGAAAACCCGGGAACACCGGUCCCAAUGGAGCUCCCGGUUUGGUGGGACCAAAAGGCGACAAAGGAGAACGCGGUGACUUUGCGCCUCAGAAUAUGAUGCGCUCCAUCGCCAGGCAGGUGUGCGAGCAGCUGGUCAACGCUCAAAUGAACCGCGUCAACGGCCUCCUCAACCAGAUCCCCAGCGGCAUUCAGCGUAACAGCAACCCCGGGCCGCCGGGGCCCGCCGGACCCCCCGGCAGGCCGGGACCGCGCGGAGAGCCGGGCCCCACGGGCAGGAACGGCUUCCCCGGAAACCCGGGACUGCCGGGCCAGACCGGGGAGGCGGGACACGUCGGAGAGAAGGGCGAGCCCGGCCCGGCGGGAGUCGGGCAGAAGGGCCCCCGGGGACCCCCGGGUCCGCCAGGAGAGAGCAGGACGGGCCCCCCCGGGCCGACGGGCUCCACGGGAGCUCGCGGCCCGCCCGGGCGCCCCGGUUACGCUGGCGCACGCGGACCCCCAGGGGCGGCCGGCUAUUGCGACUCGUCCCAGUGCGUGGGAAUUCCCUACAACGGGCAAGGUUACGCAGGUUCGGCCUAAUUUUUUCUUUAGCGCCUGCGCUGCUUUCACGACUUCCCGAAACGCUCGUUUGAGCUAACAAACUUUGCUGCCUCACCUCAACUCACCUCAACAACAACAACAAACAAACAAGAACGGCAAGAAAGAGGAACUAACCGAGCGGAAAGAUGGCUGGCUGGCGGCCAUUUUGCAUCUUGACGCCAAACGACGACGAAGAGCAUGCGGACCCGCCGGCCGACGCGAGCCACGCCGACGUACUAAUAAAGAGGAAAUCGACUCUUUAUGCUUUGCUUAACCUGCUGCAGCUUGCCAACUCCAAACCGCUUUUUUAAAACCAAUAUUAAUCAUCAAUAAUGCAAUCAACUCCCACUAUUUUACUCAUCUGUCAUUGAAUGGUUUAGCGACCUUGUUCAACUUUAAAUUGUCUAAAUUAGGACUGCAACCAGUAAUUAUUUAGAAAAUGGACUAAUCUUUUUUUAAUUCACUUGUUGCCUGCCAUUGACAAUGAUCGACGUCCAAUUCAAUUAACCCCUUAAUGCCUGCAGUCACAUUUAAUGCAUAAAACAUUGGAGGAAUACAAAAAUAAUAUGAAUUAAAAAAAAGUACUACCAUAUUUUCUGCACUUCAAUGAAUGGCCUAUUUUAAAACUGUUUUCAUAUAUAAGGUACAAUAGUAGUAGUGGUGGUUGGGGCUGUGUUAUACAUCCACUAGAUGGUGCUGCGCUAAAGAGAAUGUCAUGUCAUGAUUAAGCAAUAUUGAUCCAUAUAUAAGGCACUUCAGAUUAUAAGGCGCACUGUCUACUUUUGAGAAAAUGGCUUUUAGGUGCGCCUUAUAGUGCGGAAAGUACGGUUAAUAUAGGACAAAUUGGAAAAAUACAGCUAUAACGCUAGAAAUCCUACAAUUAAAAACAAAAUGUUUUUUAUUCGUUGCCUGCCAUUAACAAUGAUAGACGUCCAAUUCAUUUAACUCCUUAAUGCCUGAAAUGACAUUUAACAAACAUAAAAGAGCAAUGGAGGAAUAUAAAAAUAGUAUGAAUUGAAAAAAAGUAGGGCUGUCAAACGAUUAAAAUUUUUAAUCGAGUUAAUUACAGCUUAAAAAUGAAUUAAUUGUAAUUAAUCGCAAUUCAAACCAUGUAAAAAAUAUGCCAUAUUUUUCUGUAAAUUAUUGUUGGAAUGGAAAGAUAAGACACAACAUUCAACAUACUGUACAUAAGUAUUGUAUUUGUUUAUUAUAACGAUUAAUCAACAAGAUGGCAUUAACAUUAUUAACAUUCUCUUAAAGCGAUCCAUGGAUAGAAAGACUUGUGUUCUUAAAAGAUAAAUGUUAGUACAAGUUAUAGAAAUUUUAUAUUAAAAGCCCUCUUAAUGUUUUUGUUUUAUUAAAAUUUGUAAAAUUUUCAAUCAAAAAAUAAACUAGUAGCUCGCCAUUGUUGAUGUCAAUAAUUACACCAUGCUCACUCAUUGUCCUCAAACCCAUAAAAUUAUUUGGACCCAAGCGCCAGCAGAGGGCGCCAAACACCAAAAAACAAGUAACAAGCGGACAUUACACUGCUGUCAUUUUAAUCUGUUUGAGCGGGGCAUGUGCGUUAAUUGCGUCAAAUAUUUUAACGUGAUUAAUUUAAAAAAUUAAUUACAGCCCGUUAACGCGAUAAUUUUGACAGCCCUACAAAAAAAAAAUUAUAUUUAAUAAUAUUUUAUUUAAUUAAAUUGGAAUAAGUAAUACUGUAGUAAAUAUAUUUAUAAAUACAGUAGAGUCGAAUAGUAGAAAUCUGUAAAUAAAAAUUCAAAAUUCAUUAAUUAUCAAAAAAGAACUUAAAAAUAAAAACCCUACUUUUUGUAUUUUCAAAAAUGUAAUUUUUUUUUUUUUUUUCAUUUAUCAUUUCAUUGGGGUAUUUGUUUCAUUUCGAAUUUUCCGAUUAUUAGUUGUCUUCAUUUUUUUUAAUGACUAUUCAUGUUCAAUGCCAAUUCAGGCAUCAAGGGCUUAAAGUAAGAAGACGUCAAUUAUUCAUUGGCCGCUCCCAAGCCAAAUGAAUUGGACGUCCGAUGCCGUCAAUGGCUGCCAAUCGCCAAAUCGGAUUAAAAAAAAAAAAGAAGAAGAAGAAGAAAAUAAUUUUUGUCCCAUUUUUCAAAAAUAGUCCAAUUUGCAAAAAAUGCCCAAAUUCUACCAAACAAGUGGGGAUUGAUUGCAUUGGAUAACAGGACGACGAUGUUUCCUUCUGGAGAAGAGGGACGUCAUCCGCACAAAAGCCAAAGAAAAAGCCAAGGGAUGAAUGUUGACUAACACGCUUGCCGGCAACUAACACCGAGCGCCGUGACGACGACGACUCCAACAGGAACUGGUUUGUGAUCAGGCCGCUUCCCGUCGACGGCCGGCAACUCCCCGGCGGCGACGACCCAAGAGGAAUCGUCUGCCGAGAGGCGACGUCGGAAGCGCUCGCUCACCGGGAACGCCUCCUCCUAGAGCGCCUCGUCAUCUUCGUCUGACCUCCGCAACUUGUGUGUUUGAUAGCGUGUGUGCGUGCGUGCGUCAACAUUUGUAACAUAUUUGCUUUGUUUUUGUAUCGGCAGCAAGAAAGGCUCUUUUGCUCACUUUAGCCAUGUGGCCACUAUUUAUCAGCGCUCCAUAUUAGUCACUUCCUGUAAAGCUCGUGUAGCCACGCCCCUCAUUUGCAUGUCUUUGAUGUUCAUUUUCUUUCAGAUUGUCAGUCAACGUGACAACUUUUUAUUUAUUUUUCACACAAGGAAAAGGAAGCUUUUUUCAAUAA